GGAAGAGGCGGGGCGUAGUGACGUCAGGGAUGUUUUGCUAACGAUUAGCUUCGGCGGGCUAACUUUGUUUAGUAGUUGACGUCUCUUCUUCAGCUCUCCCUGAAGUGAGCAGACUUUUAGAUCACGUCUUUAACGGAUUAUUGAACAUAAAUGUGAUUUAUUAUUACAUUUAAAACAAGCAGACGGACAGGAGGAGCCAUGAACGGGAGCAGCAACCCGCUGCUGGACAAAGAGGAGCACGUUUUAAAGCUCGGAGAAAGCUUCGAGAAGAGGCCCAAAUCUUCUUUUCACACCAUCAGAUAUGACUUCAAACCAGCGUCCAUCGACACGAGCUGUGAGGGAGAGCUGCAGGUCGGGAAAGGAGAUGAAGUCACCAUAACGUUACCUCAUAUUCCAGGCUCCACGCCUCCCAUGACGGUGUUCAAAGGGAACAAGCGUCCGUACCAGAAGGACUGCGUGCUCAUCAUUAACCACGACACGGGCGAGUUCGUCCUGGAGAAGCUGAGCAGCAGCAUCCAGGUCAAGAAGACGAGGGCGGAGGGCAGCAGUAAAAUCCAGGCUCGCAUCGAGCAGCAGUCGGUUCGCUCCAGCCAGCCCAGCUCUCAAUUCAGGGCCCCCACCAAGCCCGGGGCCGGGGUCAAGACCUCCCCGUCCCCCUCCAAAGAUAAUCCCUCCCCCGAGCCUCAGCUGGAUGACAUCAAGAGAGAGCUGCGGGCGGAGGUGGAGGUGAUCGAGCAGAUGAGCAGCAGCGGCAGCAGCAGCUCCUCUGACUCAGCCAGCGCCUCGGGGAGCGGCGACGACAGCAGCAGCGACGGCGAGCACGACGCCCCCCGACCCCUCAGCCAGACCUCCCCAAACCGCCACCCCGUGGUCAACGGGGGAGCCGACCGGCAACAAGGAAACAACCAGCUCAUGAACACACUCCGAAACGACCUCCAGCUCAGCGAGUCGGGCAGCGACAGCGACGACGACUGAGCGCUGCUGGUCAGUCUCUCUCUCUCUCUCUCCCUCUCUCUCUCUCUCCCUCUCUCUCCCCUCUCUCUCUCUCUCUCUCAUUCUCUCUCUCUCUCUCCCCCUCCCUCUCUCUCUCUCUCUCCCUCCUCUCUCUCUCAUUCGCUCUCUCUCUCUCUCUCUCCCUCCUCUCUCUCUCAUUCGCUCUCUCUCUCUCAUUCUCUCUCUCUCUCCCUCUCUCUCUCCCCCUCUCUCUCUCCCUCUCUCUCUCUCUCCCCCCCUCUCCCCCUCUCUCUCUCAUUCCCGCUUCCCUCUCCCUCUCUCUCUCCCCCCCUCUCCCCCUCUCUCUCUCAUUCCCCCCUCCCUCUCCCUCUCCCUCUCUGAUUGUAUUUUUUUAUUUUAUUUGGAGUCUCUCCUUUAAGCUAGCCAGCCUGUAACUUUAAGAGUGUAUUUUUGAUUAGAUGUGUAUAUUUUGUUUUGUAAAGAAGAAACCCUGAGCGGUUUGUACGAUGAUCAGAUGAUAUAUUCGAGUGCACAGGAAUAUUUUCUGUAACUUAGAGCAGCUAGUUGAACCUUCUUGUGUCACCUGUUUGUUGUUAUGGAGAGAUGAGGAGUCCUCGUCCUCUCACUCCAGCCCGGUGAGAAGCUUCUAGACGUUGUUGUUGUUUUUGUUGUGUUUUUAUCGGUUCUUUUAAAUACGACAAAGCUCGAGCUGCACGGGUCCACGGGGGGAGGCUGCUCAGGGCGCCACAAAGGAAAGAGUGGAGCAUGAAAACCAGCAGCUGUGCUCCCUGAUCCGGACUGAAGUUUUCAAACCUUUCAUUAUUUUAGACUGUUACCUCGACAUUCUCCGCAGAAAAGGUUUGAACUCAAGUCACUGAUCAUGAAACAUGAACACUAUUAUCUGUCAGUAUGUUUCAAACUGGUUUGAACCAGUCAAGCUCUUCAGGAUCUAUUCAGUGUUUUAUGUCUGUAAUGAAGUUUGUUGAUAAAAAGAUGAAUUCUG